CGCAGCUUCAAGAGAUAGCAAUUUUCUUUAUCCCAUUUCAGCACCUCAGUUCCAUACCACAUUUCUUUUGCUGCAACUGAUUGUUUUAGCUUCGACAUACUCAAUCAAUCCAUUAUGCCACACACUACUCCCCCAAAGUCGAGGAUCAUUGAGGAAGUUCAGUCAAGCCUUCCACUCCCAGAGCAACCGCCAGUUACUUCUGACUGGAACUCGGCCGAUGCUUGCACUGUCAACGUUAGUGCCGGCGGCCGGCAAGAUGACCUUUCCCACGCCGGCCUCGGGGGUGACACUCUCCGCGAGCCAGCUACCGCUACCAGUGGUGUUCGAACGACCGGCGAGGCAUGGAAGACCAACGCUGCGGCGGAAGCGGGACGUCAAGCUCAUGAUGAUCUGAGCGGAAUUCCAAAUGAUGCUGUUACGCGGGAUGCUAAGAAUAAGCCGGGACUUGCUGAUACGACAAGUCCAGACCACGGAUACCCGCAAAAGAGCAACCCGAGUAGUGGACUGCAGAAGUAGGACUUGCAUUUGGGCACGUUCGGCGUGAGGAUACCACCAUCACAGUUGUACUUGGAUUCGUCGACACUUCAUUGAAGAAAAUCAGAGUAGGUUCGAAUGCGUAAGCAUAACGACAUGGCACAGAAU